UCGAAAAAUGUCGCAAAACAACCGGAGGACAAGUGGAUCCAAGUUCACCGGAUGCCCGAAAGCCUCAAAGAUCCGGCAGUUGGAAUCGGCUCUGGAUUAUGCCCACCGUGCUAUUCGAAGCUUGAACAAAGAUCUCAGAAAACUUGGGAUCGAGAAUGAUGUCCUCAGAUCAGGUCUACAGGACGAAAAUCGGGUCCUAACGGAAGAGCAAAGAAAUGCAGAACUCCUUCUCAAAAAGCAGGAUGAAGGCAGGAAGAAGGCCAAGUUGCAAGAGCUGUAAGUGUUUUUUGUUAGAGUUCUCCCCGGUAGAAAGUAACAUUUCCUAACUAUCGAUACGUUUGUAUUUUCCUUCAGGAAGUUGCAGAAAGUAUUCAUACAGCAUCUACUGAAUGCCGUGUUAGAAAAGAAAGGAGAAAGACCUCGAGUCAUCCUGUGGCAAGCUGCAGGAAGAAAGGGAGGCAUUUGUUUCACAAAUUGCAGAGCAAACGAAGAGCAAUGCCGCAAAAGAUGCGUAAGUUCCUGUUUAGUGUUUCCGUAGUUAUGUCAUUUGGAAAUUUAAUUUUUCUUGUUCUAUUUGCAGCCUACUCGCGGAGCUUAAGAGGCAAAUUGGGCAGACAAAGACUCGCCCACACUGCACCGCCGAGAGCCAGACUUGCUCUCCAUCUACAAAAAGCAUAGGGACUGAAUGCACUACUGAAUGCGCCGAGGCUGAUGUCCAGGCCACUAGUGAAGUGACAGUGGUGUCAGUUGAGACACAAACGGAUGCGGUGCCAAAGAGGCACCAAAACCGUGCAGUGCGCGCCUGGCAGAGUUUCUGUGGCCAGGUACGUAACCUGCACAACCGCCUCAUCCAUGGAACAGAGGCAUUCUAAACCCUACUGGAAAUAUAGUAGCCUCCAUAGGAUGUACUGUUCUUCAGGGUGCUAGCUUAUUAUCUGAUUUAUAAAUUUGAACAGCUGUUAUCUGUAAUGUUUUAUACUGCAAAUUCUAUAUUUUUUUAGAUUUGAUACAGAAAUUCAUAAAUGAACUGUAAAUAGUCACUGAAUCCCUAAGGCGAAGGUUAAGUCAGGCCAUUCCUACUGAGGGCAUCUAGCACACGAUAGACAUGCUGCUAGUACCCCGGUGAGGGGUAGGGGGCGGGAAGGCAUAUUCCGUGUAACCAUGUGUUUACACGUGGGCCCCAAUAUACAGGGUAUUAGCAGGAGCAAAAAUAUGCGCUAGAUGCUCUCUCUCAACCGCAAAAUAGAACACCAAACCAACUAAAGGCUGUGCCUCGUGUCAUUUCAUGUAAAUAUUUCUAAGUAUGUAAAAAUAACUUGACGAAAGUUGUAUCCCCAAAUAUAUGUAGAAAAAAUAAAACACCAAAGCGACUGAA